AUGAUUAUGAUACCAUACCUUAACAACAACCAUAACAACAACAAUAAUAGUAAUAUUAUUAUUACUAUUCUAUUACAAUGUAUUGGAUUAAUAUUUGUUAAAACAGAAACUAUUCAUGGUAGUUAUGAAAUGAUUGUUCGGACUAAAGACCCGAAAUCCUUUAAUGGUAAAUUAUGUGGAGUAUGUUUGAAAUUUUAUAAUUCCGCCAUGUCAUUGUUUCUGGAUCAUACUAAACUUGAACGUUUACAAGAAAAAUUAAUUAAUAUCUGUGAAUUUAUAGGACCAUUUCGUGAUCAAUGUGUAGCCCUAGUCACAUUUACAAUGUUUAAAGCAAUUAAUAAAUCUAUAGCCCAAAUCGAUCCAUCGGUAUCUUGUGAAGGUUGGUAUUUAUGUUAUAGAAAAUAG